GUUUAUAUAAAUCCACUGGGGCUAUCAACGUUGCUUUUCCAUUAACCGCAGUUUUAGUCAAGAUCUUUUCGAAAAAUUGACAAGUGUCCUCCAAACACACUCUCUUUCCCAGUAGAGACGAAGCGACGUCGCAGCGAUGACGGGUAUAAUUUCCAUAAUAACGAGGCGGCUGCCAAACAGUGUCCAAACCAUUGGCCUGCGCGCCGUGCGGAGUCAUGAACUGAAGCGCUGCCUCCGUCAGUAUUCCCGACUAGUUGCCGUGUCUGUCGCCAAGCAGCAGCAACUCCUGAACCAAGAUGCCAAUCUACGCUGCCAGGAAGCCUCGCGGGUCAUUACAUGGCAGGGCUUCCACACCACCUCGCACCUGUGGCAAGAGCAGUCGGUGAAAGUGCCACCAUUCGCCGACUCAAUCGCCGAGGGAGACAUCAAGUUCACCUGCAAGGUGGGCGACUCUUUUGCGGCGGACGAGGCGGUUAUGGAGAUCGAAACCGACAAGACGACGGUGCCAGUGCCAGCUCCAUUCGCCGGCCAAAUCACCGACAUUCUGGUCAAGGACGGAGACACUGUCAAGCCUGGCCAGGAACUGUUCAAGAUGAAGCCGGGCGCAGCGCCUGCCAAGGCGGCGGGUGCCGCCGCACCAGCUCCAGCUCCUGCUGCACCCAAGCCAGCUCCAGCUGCGGCUGCUCCUAAGCCAGCAGCGGCGGCUCCAGCUGCCAAGGCUCCACCACCACCGCCACCAGCAGCCGCUCGUCCGCCACCACCACCACCAGCGGCUCGUCCCCCACCAGCUGCUCCUCGUGCUGCCGCGCCUCCGCCAGCUGCCCUCGCCCAGGUGAAGCUGCCGCCUGCAGAUGGCACCCGCCAGAUCCUGGGUACCCGUUCCGAGCAGCGCGUCAAGAUGAACCGCAUGCGCCAGAAGAUUGCGGCUCGCUUGAAGGACGCCCAGAACACCACAGCUAUGUUGACCACCUUCAACGAGAUCGACAUGAGCUACGCCAUGAACUUCCGGAAACAGAACCUGGACGCAUUCGUCAAAAAGUAUGGCAUCAAGCUGGGCUUCAUGUCCAUCUUCUCGAAGGCCAGUGCCUAUGCGCUGCAGGAUCAGCCCGUGGUGAACGCUGUCAUCGAUGGCACGGACAUGGUGUACCGCGAUUAUGUGGACAUCUCGGUGGCCGUGGCCACACCGCGUGGAUUGAUGGUGCCCGUCAUCCGGAACGUGGAGAGCAUGAACUAUGCCGACAUUGAGAUUACAUUGGCCGGUUUGGCUGACAAGGCCAAGCGUGACGCCAUCACUGUGGAGGAUAUGGACGGCGGCACCUUCACCAUCAGCAAUGGUGGAGUGUUCGGCUCCCUGAUGGGCACGCCCAUCAUUAAUCCACCUCAAAGUGCUAUUCUCGGCAUGCACGGCAUCUUCGAGCGUCCCAUCGCCGUCAAGGGAGAGGUAAAAAUUCGUCCCAUGAUGUACGUGGCGCUGACCUACGAUCAUCGGAUCAUCGAUGGACGCGAGGCCGUUCUGUUCCUGCGCAAGAUCAAGGCUGCCGUGGAGAACCCAGCGAUCAUCGUCGCCGGCUUGUAGAGUGCAAUGUUGUCAAGUGCGUUCACGCUCAUCCGUUGAUAUUAGUCGUCUCCUCUCAAUAUGAAGCUCCCUUUCGGUUAUUUAUUAUCUUAUUUUCGCCAAGGUCACAAAACGAUUUAAAUUGCAUUCGGUAUGCACCAUCAGAAUUAGUCGAAAUAAAACAUGGACAAGUGGAUUUGUUUUCUAAACACGCUGUUUGCUUGUACCUUGCACUCUUGCACUCGCACUCGCACUUUGUCCCCCAAAAAACAUUUGAUGUUUAACUAAGAUGCUGAAAUGCAAUAAUGUAAUGUAAUAAAAAGCGAUCACGAAUAUCGACCAACCUCAA